UAUAUACACAUGUAGGUCAAUGAAAAAAAUGGCUUAGCACUCGUAGCUCCUAUGUACCGUGGCAAGAAAUAAUUUUUAAGUUUAAAUGGCAUUCAGUGAUUUAUGUCAAAUAAGUAACGCGUACAAAGCCGUUGAAAAUGAAUCUGAGGUAAGUAGCGAAGUGUUGUUCCAAAGUGCGUUUUGUAUGGGUGUUAGAAAUGUCGUAUUUAGCUGUCAGUUUGACCCCAAAAUCCGGGAAAAUGUCGUAAAUAUAAGCAAAAAAAGUGUAUAUUGUGACCAUAUGUGAGAUAAAUCAGUGAUGUUUGUCAAUAAAAGGUUCCUAUAGGCGUGGACAGUUGUAACACGACUUAGAAUUUUGCCGAGAUAAUGGUGACAUCAAAACGCUACAUACAAUAUUUAUAGAAUUAUGUAGCUUGUUCUUUAAAGGACAAUAUCGCAGUCGGAGCGCAUUAUGGAAGAGAACUCGAUGGUCCGUGAUCUCAUCACCAAAAUCCUGGAUGAGACCGGACCAUCAGACACGCCUAGCUGCACGUCAGAUAAACCCAUAACAAGUACACCAGUUGUCAAUCAGUUCCCGAAAAAUGAACCCACGAAUCCAUCAUAUAUACCACCUUCUAAUUUUAACGCUUACCAAAACUCGCUCUUCAAUUACUCACCGACCAAUCAGAAUGGAUUCAACUAUAAUCUCCAACAGAAUGGAUUCAACACCAAUGGAUUCGUGUAUCCAGAUAAUGAUGUAACCGGCCUAUUGGGUUUGGAUCCGGUAGGGGACGCGAGCGCCGAAACGGUUACACCGGAACAAUUAAAUCUACUACGUUUAGCUGCCCAAGAGAUUGGAGGAGCGCAGUUCACUAAUCCUAGUAAAUAUGAUGACAAAUUCUACAACUACUUCGAACCGAGCCAAAGAAAUUCUUUGAACGAUACGAAUAUAUUUUCGAACAAUUAUAGACCAAACAGUCUUAAUCUAGAUAUGAACUAUACAAAUUUUGACAACUCAUUUAAUACUCAGAGAUAUCCGAAUAAAUAUGAUAAUACAUAUAUAAAGGAUCAAAACGAUUCAAGUGAACUAUUGGCCUAUUUGAACCAACUAAGCCUAUUGGAACGAAAUCGUGAUGACUUAUUGAACGAUUAUAAAUUCGAUGUUAAUACACAAUAUCAAAACGAUGAAUUUAAACUUCAAGAUGAAAGAAAUAAGAUGUUUUUUAAUAGAAAUUAUCCAAAUAAAACUUACAACGGUGAAAAUAAUUUCUAUUUCAAUAAUAUAUCGAACGAUAAUAUCGAUCAGAAUUAUUAUUCGAAUCAAAGUCAAACGAAUCCAAUGUUUAAGCCGAAUGGAUAUCAUCAACAGGAUUUUGUACGUCGUGAUAUGAUGCUGCAACGUGAUGGUUUCCAAGGCAACGGCAGUCUAGAAAGGCCAGGGUUCGAUAACUUAGGUCGUGAGAAUGCCCAACAAGUGGCACUACUUAGACAGAACCAGGAUAUAGCUAGACAAAUGCUCAUCAUGAGGAAUAGACCACCACCUAAUCCAUUAAAUGUGGAUGUUUCAUUUCUACAUGAAAAUAAUCCUUUCAAUAUCGGAGUGGGCACAUUACUGGGACCUAGUCCGCCUGUACCACCUACCGUACUGUCAUCUCCCAUGGUCGACUUACCACUGACACCGUACCAUAUAUUGAGGAGUAUGAAGCAUACAGUAACUCCAUCAGCAAUACUACACGCUCGGUUAGAGAUGUGUUACGAACAAUGGAAACAACUAGAAAGGGAGCGGAAGAGGACGGAGGCGCGUCUCGCACUCGCCUACCCUGGCCGUGCGGUCUCCUCCUCCAACUCCAUACCCGUGCCGCGUCUCCCACCCUGUCCUACAAGAGUCGACAGGCUCACUGUCGAUAUGCUCAGAGAACAUACUAAGGUGUUAACACUGAUGGGUAAAAUGGAAACAUUGCGCGCUAGUGUUUGUGUACAGAACAAGAAACAUAAACAAGAUGAUCCCAAGAUAAAAGUAUUGAAGCGCGGACAAGAGAAUGUGUGCGAGAAAGAUAGAGAGAAUGGACUGGAUCCGAAUAACUUUGAUCCCAGCACUUGGCGUGAUGAUGUCAAAAAUGUAUCCGAAAUCGCACCUCACAGUGAGGUAGAGAGCGCUAUGUUGGCGUGGCGCAGCGCUGUAGCCGCGGUGCAAGCGGCGCGACGACGUGAGCUCGCCCCGCAUACCUCGCACACUAACACCAGAUACCCGAGACAAGACCCAAUAACAAACCUAGCGGAGGCAGUGAAGCAGCUAGGCGAGUGCGCGCGCCGCGCCCGCUGCGCCAUGUGGUGCGACCUCACGCUGACCGUCGCCCUCGCGCCGCCUCACACGCCUCACGCGCCUCACGCACCUCACGCACCUCACACUCCGCAGACACCGAUACACAACAAGGUCAGUUCUAUAGUACAAUAACAAACCUAGCGGAGGCAGUGAAGCAGCUAGGCGAGUGCGCGCGCCGCGCCCGCUGCGCCAUGUGGUGCGACCUCACGCUGACCGUCGCCCUCGCGCCGCCUCACACGCCUCACGCGCCUCACGCACCUCACGCACCUCACACUCCGCAGACACCGAUACACAACAAGGUCAGUUCUAUAGUACAAUAACAAACCUAGCGGAGGCAGUGAAGCAGCUAGGCGAGUGCGCGCGCCGCGCCCGCUGCGCCAUGUGGUGCGACCUCACGCUGACCGUCGCCCUCGCGCCGCCUCACACGCCUCACGCGCCUCACGCACCUCACGCACCUCACACUCCGCAGACACCGAUACACAACAAGGUCAGUUCUAUAGUACAAUAACAAACCUAGCGGAGGCAGUGAAGCAGCUAGGCGAGUGCGCGCGCCGCGCCCGCUGCGCCAUGUGGUGCGACCUCACGCUGACCGUCGCCCUCGCGCCGCCUCACACGCCUCACGCGCCUCACGCACCUCACGCACCUCACACUCCGCAGACACCGAUACACAACAAGGUCAGUUCUAUAGUACAAUAACAAACCUAGCGGAGGCAGUGAAGCAGCUAGGCGAGUGCGCGCGCCGCGCCCGCUGCGCCAUGUGGUGCGACCUCACGCUGACCGUCGCCCUCGCGCCGCCUCACACGCCUCACGCGCCUCACGCACCUCACGCACCUCACACUCCGCAGACACCGAUACACAACAAGAGUGAGAAUCAAAGUCAAAGCACAUCUCAGACGCAGUCGCCGAAGCAACUUGCGACGGAAAAUAUUCAGACUAACUUCAACAAGGCAACUAAU